AUGGAUAAAAAUUUUGUAAAUGAUGAUGACGAACAAUUAAUAAAAACACUAUUACAAAACACUCCAACAUUUGGUGAAGAAUUAAUUGAUUUUUAUCUGGCCCAUAAUGGAUGUAAAGUUACUGAAAAAUCAUGCUUUAGACUAAUUUCGCUAUUUUUGCAUAAAUCCAUGGAAAAUAUAAUAAAUAACUCAAUGAGUAUAGAUUUCAAUGAAAUGAAGAAUAAUAACGAUAAAGAAAAUAAGCAUACCAAAAAAGAAUUAGACUAUGAUAAAUUAAUUAAAGAAAUUAAAAAGUUUAAUGAUAAUUCGAAUGAUGAAAAUGCAAAAAAUUUGAGCGUCUUUUUAGAAUAA